CCCCGGGGCCCCGCGGUGGUGCCAGAAAGGGGGCAGGGACUCGGGGGAGCCGCAGCCGGCUACUCCCUCCGUCUGUGGCAGGCGCCGGGACUGUGGCGGCGGCGGCGCACUGCAGCCGCUGCGCUUGCGCCGGGGCCGGGCGGGGAGGAGCGGCGCCUACGGGGCCGCGGGAGGAGUGGGGCUGCAGCCGGUGUCCGACCAACAACGUGCCCGCGGCCCCCGAGGGCAACUGGGCUGGGGGUUGGGGAUGCCCGCGCGCGCAUGGGGCGAAGGGGCGACUUGAGCCGCGUCCUGGCCGCCGUAGCUGGGACGUGGGAGCCCCAGCCGGCCGCCAGAGGUGAGCGGCCCCAGAGGCAGCAGGGCCGGAGGGGGUGGACGCUGGCGGUCUGAGCUGGCGCGGCCCGGCCCUUCCGGGGCUACGCGGCUCCCCCGCCUCGGAGCCGGCAAAAAUGUGCCUAGUCACGGGGCCGCUCUCAGGGGAGCUGAGGUCUCCUUGGGGCUGGGACCCAGACCCCCGCAGCCACUGCCACCGGCUCCGGCCCCACGACCUCCGUGGGCGCAGGGGCUGCAGUACGCAGCGUCACCCCGUCUGAGGUUGCCCCUUUGCAGGGCAGGACAUGGAUUUGAUUGACAUACUUUGGAGGCAAGAUAUAGAUCUUGGGGUAAGUCGAGAAGUAUUUGACUUCAGUCAGCGACAGAAAGAGCAUGAGCUGGAAAAACAGAAAAAACUUGAAAAAGAAAGACAAGAACAACUGCAAAAGGAGCAAGAGAAAGCCUUUUUCGCUCAGUUACAGCUAGAUGAAGAAACAGGUGAAUUCCUCCCAAUUCAGCCAGCCCAACACAUCCCGUCAGAAACAAGUGGAUCUGCCAGCUACUCCCAGGGUGCCCACAUUCCCAAACCAGAUGCCUUGUACUUUGGUGACUGCAUGCAACUUUUGGCAGAGACAUUCCCAUUUGUAGAUGACAAUGAGGUUUCUUCGGCUCCGUUUCAAUCACUUGUUUCUGAUAUUCCCAGCCAAAUCGAGAGCCCAAUCUUCAUUGUUCCUAAUCAGGCUCAGUCACCUCAAACUCUUGCCCUUCAGUCAGCCACUAAUGAUUUAGACAAUAUGCAGCAGGACAUUGAACAAGUUUGGGAGGAGCUAUUAUCCAUUCCAGAAUUACAGUGUCUUAACAUUCAAAAUGACAAGCUGGUUGAGACUAGCACAGUUCCAAGUCCAGAAACCAAAUUGACAGAAAUUGACAGCAAUUACAAUUUCUACUCAUCAGUCCCCUCACUGGAAAAAGUAGGGAGCUGCAGUCCACAUUUUCUCCAUGCUUUUGAGGAUUCCUUCAGCAGCAUCCUCUCUACAGAAGAUUCCAGCCAGUCGACAGUGAACUCAUUAAAUUCAAAUGCCACAAUCAACACAGAUUUUGGUGAUGAAUUUUAUUCUGCUUUCAUAGCAGAACCCAGUAUCAGCAACAGCAUGCCCUCCUCUGCUACUCUCAGCCAGUCACUCUCUGAACUUCUAUAUGGACCUAUUGAUGUUUCUGAUCUUUCACUUUGUAAAGCCUUCAACCAAAACCACCCUGAAAGUACAGCAGAAUUCAAUGAUUCUGACUCUGGCAUUUCACUGAACACAAAUCCCAGUUUGGCAUCACCAGAACACUCAGUGGAAUCUUCUGUCUAUGGAGACACACCACUUGGUUUCAGUGAUUCUGAAAUGGAAGAGGUAGAUAGUGCUCCUGUAAGUGUCAAACAGAAUGGUCCUAAAACACAGCCAGCACAGUCUCCUGGGGAUACAGUCCAACCCCCAUCACCAUCUCAGGGGUACAGUGCUCCAGCAUAUGCUGCCCAGUGCGAAAGCACACCAAAGAAAGACUUGCCUGUAAGUCCUGGUCAUCGAAAAACCCCAUUCACAAAAGACAAACAUGCAAGCCGCUUGGAGACUCAUCUCACAAGAGAUGAGCUAAGAGCAAAAGCUCUCUGUAUCCCAUUCCCUGUAGAAAAAAUCAUUAACCUCCCUGUUGAUGAUUUCAAUGAAAUGAUGUCCAAAGAACAAUUCAGUGAGGCUCAGCUUGCACUGAUUAGAGAUAUACGUAGGAGGGGUAAGAAUAAAGUGGCUGCUCAGAAUUGCAGAAAAAGAAAACUGGAAAAUAUAGUGGAACUGGAGCAGGAUUUGGAUCAUUUGAAAGAUGAAAAAGAAAAAUUGCUCAAAGAGAAAGGAGAAAAUGACAAAAGCCUCCACCUACUGAAAAAACAACUCAGUACCUUGUAUCUUGAAGUUUUUAGCAUGCUACGUGAUGAAGAUGGAAAACCUUAUUCUCCUAGUGAAUACUCCCUGCAGCAAACAAGAGAUGGCAACGUAUUCCUCGUUCCCAAAAGUAAGAAACCAGAUGUUAAGAAAAACUAGACUUGGGAAGAUCUGACCUUUUCUGAGCAAGUGGGUGUUUUUUUUUUUUAGUUAUACUAAAAGCUCCUAUUGUGAUGUGAAAUGCAGAAACACACUUUAUAAGUCUAUGCAAAAUUAGUCAAAACUAGUGUAGAUUUAAAACCUUCAGAAAGCAUUAAAAUAAGUCAUCAGUAUGCUCAAUCAGUAGUUUCACUUUAAUGCAAACUUAAUCUCUUAGAACACCAUUUGGGCUAGUUUAUAUGUGUAAAUACUACAGAAACUUCUUAUUUAUACUGUUUGUUACAUUCACAGAUUUAUGAGAUACCUGGCUAAAAGCAAAACUAACCACUGUACUUUUUUAUAAAUACUGUACGAACUUUUUUUUACAUUUGUUUAGCUCUGGCAAAAAGUUUAGUUGAUAAGCUGGUACUAAUAAAGGAAUACCAUGACUGUUAAAAAUUA